AUGGAUCAGUUGGAGCAGAACCAAGUUGUUAUGAGGGAAGAUAUGACCACUAUGAAGGCUCAGAUGGGUCAGCUUGCUGAAGCCCUACAAGCUUUGGCUAGGGGACAAGAGGAAAUGCGCCAGGCUAAUUUGAGAGCCGCCACCGCCAACCUUGUUGUUGUGACAAUACCUGUAAAUCCACUAGGAGGAGUUGAUACACCGGUUGUAGCUCAACCACCUCCCGAAAGAGGUCAAGUAUAUCAGAAUGGUGUUGAGCCAUUCAACAUCCCUGUCAAUGGGAGAGUUCAUCCUGAGAUUGACGAUUAUCAGUAUGCUUUCUUCACCACAAGGGUUGAUUCAGUUUAUGGCGUUUUUGGUCCUUCUCUUGCUGACCUUGAAAGGAGAUUUCGUAUGAUGGAGGAGAGAUUCAAGGCGAUGGAAGGUCCCAAUACCUUUGGAUUAGAUGCUACCGACAUGUGCUUAGUGCCAGGCGUGAAAAUUCCUCCUAAGUUCAAAGUUCCGAGCUUUGAAAAGUAUCAAGGGGUCACUUGUCCAAAGACCCACAUUCGAGCUUUCUGUAGAAAGAUUGUUGCUCAUUCUGAUGAUGAGAAACUCUUAAUGCACUUUUUCUAA